CGAAGAAGAAAAUACGCGCUUCGCUGCAAAAUGUCAGCGGAGGUUCUUGGUUAGUCAAGUUUGGAGUGGUGGCGGUUUGUCUUGUUUUCCUCGCAUUUAUGGCGAUUCCCCGGAAAAGAAUUCGAGCCAGUCUUGCCGACCGGAGCUCACCGGCUAGCGUCCCCACGGGCAACCAGCCGAGUGAAGCCAACGAGACUGGCUGUGCUUUUGUGGAGGGUGCCGUACUUCGCAUCACCAUGAAAAACUUCCUGACAUACGACCACACCGUGGUUCGUCCCGGACCGAACCUGAACAUGGUUAUCGGAGCGAAUGGAACCGGCAAGUCCAGCAUUGUGUGCGCCAUCUGUCUCAGCCUGGCAGGCAAAACAGCUGUCCUGGAAAGAGACGACAAGAUCGGGGGCUACGUGAAAAAAGGAUGUGACAGAGGAUUUGUUGAAAUUGAACUUUUUAAGAGCGGUGGCAAUAUCAUAAUUAAUCGGGAGAUUCACGUGGAGAACAACCAGUCAGUCUGGAGGCUGAAUGGAAGAACUUGUAACCAGAAAACAGUUGAGGAGGAAGUCAAGGCUUUGCAAAUUCAAGUCAACAACCUUUGCCAGUUCCUGCCUCAGGAAAAAGUGGGGCAGUUUGCCAAAAUGUCCAAAAUCGAAUUGCUGGAGGCGACUGAGAAAUCUGUCGGUCCCCCGCAGCUGUACGAGUAUCACUGCGAGCUCAAAAGCUUUCGCACCAAAGAGAGAGAAAUGGAGAAUGCCAUAAAGGAGAGAACCAGCUACCUCGAGAAAUCCAAGCAGAGAUACGAGAGAAACAAACUUGAUGAGAAUCGCUAUUAUGAGAAGCAGAGGCAUCUGGAUGUGAUUGAGUUGCUCGAGAAGAAGACACCCUGGGUGGAGUACGAAACCACCCGCAAGGAGCUCGAGGGUGUGAAAAAGGACCGAGAUGAAGCAAAAAGGCAGCUCUCCGCUCUCAAGCAGUCCCAAGCGCCCAUGAUGAGCAAGCUCCACGCCAUUGAAGAGCAGCUGAAGCCCAGUGAGGCACAACUGAAGGCAAAGAGUGCUGCCAUCAAAGAAGCUUCCUUGAAAUGCAAACAAAAGCAAGAUCAGCUGGACAGAAUUCACAAAGAGAUCGAAGACAUAAAACAGUCGUUUAAAAUGAAGCAGACAGAAGAAGAAGAUCGGAGGAAGCGCGUCCAAAACGUCCAAUUGCUGAUCGAGGACUUGAAAGUCGCGCUGGCCGAAGUCGACAACCAACCCGACAUGUCGCCCAGGAUCAGUGAAGUCAAUGGCGAGUUGAGGCGCAUCCAGCUGGAGAGGGGCAAAGUGGAAGAGGAGAAAAGCAGCCUGCGCCCAGAGAAGGACAACCUGUCUGCGGAGUUGAGAAUGUUGGAGAAGAAGCUCAGCGACAUGAACAACAUGAUGAUGGUAAAAGAGGAGAAGCUGCGCGGGCGCCACAGGGACACGCACACAGCCGUGCAGUGGCUCAGGCAGAACCGACACCUCUUCACCGGAAAUGUCUGCGAGCCCCUGAUGCUUGUGAUCAACAUGAAAGAUCAUCGCUUUGCCAAGUACAUGGAGAACCACAUCUCCUUCAAUGACUUAAGGGCCUUUGUCUUCCAGAAGAAAGAUGACAUGGCAAACUUCUUGACAGAGGUGCGUGACAACAUGAACCUGAGAGUCAACGCCAUUAUUGCUCCAACAGAGACGUGCUCAAGAGCGACUCCGUCGAGGCACAUUGAGUCCCUGAGGCGUUUUGGGUUCUUCACCUAUCUGCGCGAAACCUUCGAUGCCCCCGAUGAAGUGAUGAGUUACCUGUGUCAUCAGUAUAAAGUGCACGAGAUCCCCAUCGGCAAUGAGCAGACAGAAGCCAUGAUAAAGACGGUGAUCGAGGAGCCCUACAUCAAGGUGCUGUACACAAGUGACCAGAAGUAUACGGUCAAGAAGUCCGUCUACUCCAACGUCACCUCGACCAAAAACACGACGGUGUAUCCGCCCAAGUACCUCAGCAUCACGGUGGACGCCGAUCAGAAACGGCAGCUGGAGCAGCAGAUGAAGAUUUGCCAGUCAAGGUUACGAGACAUUGAUGGGCAGAUGAACACCUUACAAACAGAAGCGACCGCACUGGAUCGCCGUGAUAAUGAACUGUUGACAGAGAAGAAGACCCUCUUGGAAAUAAAGGGCAAAAAGAGACAGCUGGAGCAGAAAAUCAGCACCAAAGAGGACAGGCUGAGGCAGCUGGAGCAAAGUGCACUUGACCUGAAGAAGAUUGAGGCAGAGACAAAAAAGAAAAUAAUUGCUGUCAAUUCCCAGAAGACAUCCGUGGUCACUGCAUUAUUGACACAAAUGAAGCUGCGAGCCAAGCUGACCAUGGAGAAGGUGUACCUGGCGUUAGAGAUGGUGGGGCUGUUGGCCGAGAGGACCAAGCUGGAGAACAUUUGUCGAGAAGGUGCCAAUGGACUCAAAAGCGUGAAUCAAAAGUGCAGCCAGCUGGAGGAGAGUGCAGUCCAGCUGAAACAACGGUGCAAAGCGCUCAUGAAGAAAGCCAAGGCAGUCUGCAGGAUGCAGCCCGACGAGGCGUUACCCGAACACCUCCAUUGUGCUUUCAGUAAACUGCCCGACACGCUGGACGAGUUGGACGCCAUGUUGAAUGAAGAGCGAUCCAGAGCCGAGUGCUUUCUGGGAGUCAGUAAAAAGGUUGUCGAGGAGUGCAGCAGGCGGGAGCAGGAAAUCAAAGAGCUGGAACAAGAGCUGAUGGAGAAGAAUGUCGCCUUAACUGCUUUCAAACAGAGGAUGUCACAGGCAAAAGAAAAGUGGCUCAACCCUCUGAAACAGUUGGUGGAGCAAAUUAACGAGAAGUUCAGUGAUUUCUUCCAUGCCAUGAAGUGUGCCGGAGAAGUGGAUUUGCACUUUGACAAUGAGGAGGAAUACGACAAGUACGGCAUCGCCAUUCGGGUCAAGUUCCAUGAGAGCAGUCAGCUGCAUGAGCUGACGCAAUUCCAUCAGAGCGGAGGAGAGCGCAGCGUCUCCACCAUGUUGUACCUCAUGGCCCUGCAGGAGCUCAACCGCUGUCCUUUCAGAGUGGUGGAUGAGAUCAACCAGGGCAUGGAUCCCAUCAACGAGAGGAGAGCCUUUGACAUUCUGGUCCGCACCGCCUGCAAAGAGAGAACGUCGCAGUACUUCUUCAUCACACCCAAACUGCUGAAGAACCUCAGCUAUGUCGAUCAGAUGACCAUCCUUUGCAUCCACAAUGGCCCUCUCAUGCUCGGCUCCAGCGAGUGGGACGACGGGGCGUUCCUUCAGCGCGGUCGGCGGAAGAAGAAAGCUCAGGCUUGAUGAUCGAGACCUCGCGUGCUCCGCCACUGCAUUUCGAUGACACUCCCCUUGUUCAAUGUGGCCUGGAGGACGGCACCUCCGUUCAUCAGGCAACGUUUGCGAGAUUUCAUUUCCGUUUGGUGUACGCGCUACAGGGGGCGCUAAAACCUAGUCGAGGGAGUGGAAAGUGGCCCGGGUUCUUGCCGCAACCUUGUGGCGGCCAAGCCAUCGACUUGGACUGUUUAGUUUGAGCGAGCUGUUGGUUGUAUUAAUACUUUACGUACGACGACAUUAACUGCAGCGGAUAGCAACGUGCGCAGACACCUAUAUAAAUGUCCUCCUAGCAGUAGCGCGCUAAAGGAAGCGGGCCAACACGCUACAAAGGGGAAAAAAGCUCAAGCUUAGACUCGCAAAAAAGUGCAAGACAUUUUUGAGCAUUUUGAGUGAAAUCCCAGGAGAAAUCUAAAAUGCACAAUCUUUACGGGUGAACUUCAUUUGACCUCUUUUGAAUGCACCACUGUUGAAUGUUUCUCUUCUUUUCGCACAAAUGACUGUUCUCUAACAAGGAGCAGUUUUCUUCCAUUUUGAUCUCUUUCCGUGACGCUUCAGUGUCAGGCUCUCUUUUGCCCGCUUCUGAUGACCAUGGUCCACUUUCCACACCAUAUCGUUUUUUUUGUUUGUUUUGUUUUUUGUUUACAAGCCCAAAUAAUUCUUCUUUUAUUGCACAUAAUCAUUCACUCGACUUCCCCCGCAAAAAAAAAAAAAAAACAAAAAAAAAACGUGGGGAAAACUACUGAAAAUAUGGAAAGGGGAAUGUGCGGGUGCAGAACUGCGACGACGCAGGCGGGGCUCGACUGUGGUUUGAAUCUGUAACAUCAGCAACCACCACUAGAUGACAGUCGUGUUUUAGUUGCGCUUCCUUCCACUGGGGCUCCUCGUGGCAUUCGAUCAAGCCUGAGGCGGACAAAUGUCUAUCGUCAUCAAGAUUAACAUUCUGAGAGAGUUGCAUUUGCUAAAAACAUUUGACAAAGUGAGUUCUUGCCUUAAAGUGUCUUAUCCAGCCGUUUUGUGUCUUCCUUGAUUUUUUUAUGCAAGACAGCCCUUUUGUACUGUUGUUGGGUUAGAAAAGUGGAUUUAAAAAA